AUGAAAUUUCAAGUUGUUACUGCUAUUGCUUUUGCUGCUUCCAUGGCUGUUGCUGCUCCAUUAGAACAAAAACCAAUGUUGGCUGCUACUAAAACCAAACGUGCUGGUAGUACUGGUGCUGAAUUACAACACGAAAACCAAGCUACUGCUGGUUUAUUUGGUAACGGUAACACUUAUGGUAAUGCUGGUAUUGGUGGUUUCAUCGAUGCUACUAUUGACUCCAUUACUAAAGCUAUCAGUAGUCCAGUUAGAGGUAUCUUAGCUGGUGGUGGUAUUUUGGGUGGUAACUAA